CCGAUCUGAUUCCUGAUCCUUGAUUCCUUGAUCCUUGGUCCCGCCAUGGGAGCCUGAGCGCCCCCUAUUCCCCCCUGGCCCCCAGCCCUCGGGGCCUUGAGGGGGAAGAGGCAGCGGUCUGGGACGGAGCAGGGGGUGACCAGACUCAAGAACCCCCCGCCUCAACACCCCCAUCGCCCGCGCUGCCUGUCCGGGAGCGCCGAGUUCGGAGCGACCCGAAGCGCUGCGGAUACAAAGGCGACGGGCCGAGCGGGGCGCCCGCUGAGCCCACCCGGCAGUUCGCAGCGGCGGUGCACCCUGCACUGCGGUCUGCUGGUGAGAUGCUGCUCUGGAAGCCUAGAUGCCUGGAUGACCCAAGCACGGCCAGGAUCCCACCCCUCCUCUGCCACUCAGCCCAGUGAGGAGAAGGAUCCUGCCCCCACCCUGGGGCUAUGAGGAUGGAGCGUCGCUGGAUUUUCUCUGAGACAAGCCCACCCGUCCAGCAAAAUAGAGUCCCUCAGGGUGACAGUUGACUUCCUGAAGGUGCCUCUUGGCCUGAAGAAGCCGGUGCUGAAGGAGGUGGCUGUGGGGCCCCCCAAGAGGCCCCAGCCUGCGGCCCUGGAGCGCUAUAAGGCGCGGCGUUCAGACGCCAUGGACACCGAGUCCCAGUACUCGGGCUAUUCCUACAAGUCGGGCCACUCCCGCAGCUCCCGCAAGCACAGGGACCGCCGGGACCGACACCGCUCUAAGAGUCGAGAUGGGAGCCGAGGGGACAAGUCGGUGACAAUCCAGGCUCCCGGGGAGCCCCUGCUGGACAAUGAGUCCACACGAGGGGAUGAGCGGGAUGACAACUGGGGGGAAACGACGACAGUAGUAACGGGCACCUCAGAGCACAGCAUCUCCCACGAUGACCUCACGCGCAUCGCCAAGGACAUGGAGGACAGUGUCCCUCUGGACUGCUCCCGUCACCUGGGUGUGGCGGCAGGGGCCACCCUGGCACUGCUGUCUUUCCUGACGCCGCUGGCCUUCCUGCUGCUGCCCCCACUGCUGUGGCGGGAGGAGCUGGAGCCUUGCGGGACGGCUUGCGAGGGCCUCUUCAUCUCUGUGGCCUUCAAGCUGCUUAUCCUGCUGCUGGGCAGCUGGGCUCUGUUCUUCCGCCGGCCCAAGGCCUCACUGCCCCGCAUCUUUGUGCUGCGCGCCCUACUCAUGGUGCUGGUUUUCCUGCUCGUGGUCUCCUACUGGCUCUUCUAUGGUGUGCGCAUCCUCGAUGCUCGGGAGCGCAGCUACCAGGGUGUGGUGCAGUUCGCCGUGUCGCUGGUGGACGCCCUUCUUUUCGUGCACUACCUGGCCGUGGUCCUGCUGGAGCUGCGCCAGCUCCAGCCUCAGUUCACGCUCAAGGUCGUGCGCUCCACCGACGGCGCCAGCCGCUUCUACAACGUUGGCCAUCUCAGCAUCCAGCGCGUGGCAGUGUGGAUCCUGGAGAAGUAUUACCAUGACUUCCCUGUCUACAACCCCGCCCUCCUCAACCUGCCCAAGUCCGUCCUGGCCAAGAAAGUGUCUGGCUUCAAGGUGUAUUCCCUCGGAGAGGAAAACAGCACUAACAACUCCACUGGCCAGUCUCGGGCUGUGAUUGCAGCGGCAGCUCGGAGGCGGGACAACAGUCACAAUGAGUACUACUAUGAGGAGGCUGAGCACGAGCGAAGGGUGCGCAAGAGGAGGGCCAGGCUUGUAGUGGCAGUGGAAGAGGCCUUCACUCACAUUAAGCGGCUGCAGGAAGAGGAGCAGAAGAACCCCAGGGAGGUGAUGGACCCCCGGGAGGCAGCCCAAGCCAUCUUCGCAUCCAUGGCCCGUGCCAUGCAGAAGUACCUUCGGACCACCAAGCAGCAACCCUACCACACCAUGGAGAGCAUCCUGCAGCACCUUGAAUUCUGCAUCACGCAUGACAUGACGCCCAAGGCCUUCUUGGAGCGAUACUUGGCGGCUGGACCUACUAUCCAGUACCACAAGGAACGCUGGCUGGCCAAACAGUGGACACUGGUGAGCGAGGAGCCGGUGACCAACGGGCUUAAGGAUGGCAUCGUUUUCCUCUUAAAACGCCAGGACUUCAGCCUGGUGGUCAGCACUAAGAAGGUCCCAUUCUUCAAACUCUCCGAGGAAUUUGUGGAUCCCAAGUCGCACAAGUUUGUCAUGAGGCUGCAGUCUGAGACCUCAGUGUGACUGUGCAACAGCAGGGGGAGUGGGAGACUCUGGGGGGCUCCUGAGGGGGUGGGAGGGGGCUUGGUUCUCAGGCCCAGCCACAUUCCUGCCACCCUUCUUCUUCUUGCUCUUGUUUUUUUUUUUUUUUUUUUUUUUUACUUGAAUUAACUUACCCCCAACUUCUCUCCUCGCCUCUUCCUUAUUUUACCCCAUGUGAACCUGGACCAUCCUGCUGUCAACAGUACCUGGGAAGGACCCCUCUCCCCUGCCCCCAACAACGUUUGUAUUACUCUAGGCCCUGCAGGAAUCAGUGCCUCUCUCCCUCUUCUUUCCCUACCUAGUCUUUUUCCAGAUUGCAGUCUCUCCUGAAAGGGCACAGGACCCUGCUAAUUGUACCUUCCCCUCCUGAACCUCGACUCACAAACGCAAGUUCUUGUAGCAUUUCUCUUCAGUGGCCCCAGCAGGGUUUCUCUGGGGCACAUGGUCAUGACUCCAGAGAGCCACAGUGCCAAACUCCUCCAGGGCAGCAACUAGCCCUCCUGUUCCUCACACCAGCCACAACAAACCCUGGGUUCUGGGGCAGGGAUACUCCUGCCACACAGUCUGAGUUAGGAAUCUCCUUGCCAGGAGCAUUUGCUUCCACAUAUAUUUAGAGCAAAGAAGGAUCCCAUCCUUUUCCCAGAAAUCUCCACCUAAUGUUUUUGGUUUGUAUGGUCACGUGACCAUAGGCAAACAAGUGGAAACUCUCUGUGACGACUUUUCCAGGGACUUGGGGGAAGGUACCUUUGUUCCAAUGUGUCUUUCCUAGGCAGUCCCUGAGGAGGAGGGCUGAAUAGAUCCCUGAGAGUUUGGAGAGACCCCCAUCAUUGACUCCUGCUCCCUGACCCUACCCUCACUUUCCUCCCUGCUCCUCCCAGUGAAGGAUGGUAAGUCCUGUACAGACUUAGUGGCUUGCAGACCCUGACCCAGCCCCUGUGGUCUUAGACAAAUGGUUUUGUGUUUGUCAUCAGCCACCCCUGUCCUGCUGUCUUCUCUCGACUCCAGAGACCUGUUGCCUCAUCUCUUUUGGGGAAGAGCUGGCAGCUCCUCCUCAUCCCCUGCCUUAAGUCCAGUUCUUUGCCUCAGGGGUCUGGUUUCCUUGGCCUUCCAGGGUCCCCACCCCUUUUCUCCUUGCCUGAUUCUCUGAGCUCUGGGCUCCCUCUGUACUGGGUAAAGGGACAAGGAUCACUGCCUUUUGUAGGUACUUCACCCUUCACCCCAUUUUAGCUUCCAUAGUCUUUGCACCAAAUCCAAAUUCUUGAUAAUUUAGAUCUCAUUUUCAGCAGAAUUUGCUGGUCCUCUAAUAAAUCUUUUCAAUAUAAAUCUGAGCCUUUGACUCAAACAUUUUUGCCAAGGAAAAUAGAAUUAGGAAGUACCCAUAUACAUCUAGCCAGGAGCCACAUGAAGGACCUUUCCAAUGGCUGCAAUGACUAGGCCAUUCCUCUGAGUAACUCACAGUGUCCCUUUGCAGGCCCUUCUUUUCCCUGGAAGACUCGUUGGUACUUACCUUGCAGAGCACAUCCUGGGAUAAGAUCCUCAGGGUCUCACCUGGGAGGCUCCCUCUCUGUGUAGUGCCAGCCCUGGGAAUGAUGGAGCCUAGUGAUUGGGGUUUCUCCUGCUGUCCUUUCUGCAAAAGUUCACCUGUUCACCCACCACAUGCCAGAGAGGGGCUCAUUGGCCAAUGCCUACUUUGUCCCCAAAGGGGUGGGUUGUGGAGCUCACUUAGGCAUGGCCUCUGGCUGGGGCCAGGGUUACGAGAUAGGCCUGUAUGAAAUACGUCCUGUUCUGGGGGUCUGUCUCUUUUCUUCUCUUCAAAAUCCUUGUGUCAGAGGAGUCCCUUCUUAGUCACAUAAAUACCUCACUAUCCUGGAAAACAGGGCCUGGAUGGUGACCAGGGUCAUUGCCUUUGGGGGCAGGAUGGAGUGUGGUGUGGUCUGAGGAGCAGGUUGGGGUUGGAGAGAGGGAAAGGAUUUGGGAUCUUAGUUGCUGUCCUAGGUUAGGGGCAGGGGAGUGUUUAUUUUAAGAUCCUGCCAUGUUUUUAAUCACUGUGAUUUUUUUUCAUUCCCCUUUCCUAAAAAAAAGAAUUUUCUCCUCCAACUCUCUCUCUAAGCACUAAGGGCUGUGCCUGAGAAUGGUAGCAUUUUGGUCUUUUGCGUCAGAACUGUGGUAUCUUUGUCUUCUUUCAUUGUUAUUAUUAUUAUUAUUAUUACUAUUGUUUUUUAAAAUGUCAGGAUGAAUUGUCAGACGUAUGGCCAUGUGUUCGUCCUCUGCUUCUCCUCUGUGGGAAGUUGUCUCCAUGCUGUAAACUGCUGUGGGGUGUGCGGCUGACUCAGUCCCUCUGAGCAGUUUCCCCACUGUGUCUGUCCCAUCAUGCGCUGGAUCUGCUUAUUCUCCUGCUGUGGGGGUGUGCCCACCUCUUACCCCCUGGACACCACAGGGCUGUUGUGGCUGGGCCUCUCCAGUACUCUCUUUUGUGUGACUCAUGGCAUCCUCGCCCAUCCCCACCGUGCCUAGCAGGCCUUCCUUUUCACCACCUCGGAACGCUUGCCCUUCCUCCCUCCACACCAGGACGCUGUGCCUCAGUCCUUCACCUACCUCGCCACUCUGCCACUGUCCUCAUUGGUCCUUUCUCCUAAACUAGUCUUUGUGCUCUCUUUGUUUUUUUUUCUUGUUUAUUUCCCUCUUGUCUCUCAUCUUUUCUUCCUCUUCCCCUCCCAUUUCAGUCCUUUACUUUUCUCUUUCCCAUCUCCACUCAGUAUUCCAAUGGCAAACCCUGAUGUAACACCUGUGAUGAGACAUCGGGCUCUCCGGAACUUUCUCAUUUGGCACAUCUUUUCCCCAGGGUUUGUACUUCUCUUCUUUCCCAGGCGAACUCCCCUGUUCCUCUGUGGUGUCUGUCAGUCUGUCUGUCUUCUCCUUCCUCUGCCCUUCCCACGGGGCAGUAUCUGCUGAUGGAUUCAGUCCUGGUGUGUGAUUGUUGUGAUUUGUUCUUCUGUGCGCAAAAGAAAGGGGGCUUUUUGAGUCCCUUCCAAGUGAGAUUGUAAAAUGUAGAAUUUUCCACUGUUGGAUCUAGAUUUUUUUUCUUUUUUUGGGGGGGUUACAGAGCUGAGACCUUGUGCAUGCAUGUAGAAAAUUGUAAAAUGUAAAUUUUUUUUAAUAUAUAAAAAGCUUGUUUCUACAGUUUGCAGUGGAUCUAAACAUUAUGGCAAUUUUAGGGUUUUUUUCUUAAACAUAGGAACUAAAACUGUACAAAUUUUUUUUAUAUAAAAUAAAGACAUUUGACUUUUGUGGGGG